GGAGAAAUCUCAAUAUUAGUUUUCCAAGUGACUUUGCUGGUAGAGAAUCAUAAUAUCCAGCUUCCCACAGAAUGACUUCUUCCAGGUGCUUCGCAAGUUUUUUGCAGAAAAGAAAAGAGAAAAGUGUGUCAGUCAGGGUUCUUCAAGGGUCACUGCCGCUCGGACCCUGCCGCCCUCGUGGCGUCCCGGCGUUAAAAGGACCCUUCCCUUUCCUUAUUCAUAGUACCCAAUAUAUGAAUGCUGUCGCAUGAUGUUUCGGUUGGUCCUCCCUAACUCUGCUGGAUAAAACAUUCUAAGACGUUUGGCUCCGGUGAGGGCACAUUGGCCGGCAUGAGGCAAGGGCGAUGGUACCACAAAUUGUGGUUGAGGAUAAAGCAAUUUGGCCACUACAAACACCUACCAGACGACGAUACAUCGCUCAUCGAUAGGCUCUCUGAUGCCACAUUACUUCGGAUUUUCGUGUUUACCCAGUCCGCGUUCGCGUCACCGCCACCAGAAAGAGCCAUAUCUCACGUCAACCGUCGCUGGAGGGCGAUCGUACUGGGACACGCCGCAUUGUGGCGUCAGGUAGAUGCCAAAGUCCUAGGCAGCUCCCUACAGCAAGAUAUCAUAGAGACGUACUUAUCCCGCGCGCGGACGUUAACAACCGAUUUGAGGGUCAUUCUCUCGGAGGAUGAGUGGACACGUACCCUGGAAAUUAUCACUACGCAUUCGACUCGAUGGCGUUUGAUAUCCAUUCGAGCCGACUUCAACUCUUCUCCUCACCUCCUCAGUCAACACAUAUCCCAAUUCCACCUCCCACAUCUAGAGCACCUCUCUGUCAUUUGCUUGGACGGAUUUUGUGAAACGCCGGACCUCGACACCAUUGAUGGAGAUACGAGUAUUUUACGCGGGAGCGCACCUAGACUCACUAGUUUCCGCGUGCAACACAGUGCCAUCACUUAUUUUCCUCCUCCCUUACACGGCCUCACGACUCUUCAUCUAGAGGAAUUCGGAGACCACCGCAUCAAUUACAAAACCUUUUGUCGCUUGAUCCAUUCCAUUUAUUCCUUGACCAAUCUUUCCAUAUACGGUGAUUUCAUCGACCAUUGGACCAUGGCCGGAGACCUCCAUAUCCCUGCCCUUCGUUCUCUGCGAUCUGGUAGCAACGCGUCUCUAGGCGCGAUGCUGCUGUCGCUGUCUGUGCCAGGGUUAGCCAGUCUGACCUUAUACAACGAAUGGGACUCUCAUAUCCGGGAAUUCUUCCGCCAACGUGAGCCUGGUUACGAAACCAAACUUCCUUGUGUGCAUUUAAUGCUUAAGGGCUGCCAUUUUUCUUUGUCAUCUCUUCGAACACUAUUGGAAGAGGCACCGGCGAUAUAUCGGCUCGAUAUCAUUGAUGGCUUCGCGGACGAUGCCCUUGACCUGCUACAAAAUGAUAAUGCUCUGCUUCCGUCGCUUUGCGCAUUGUCCAUCAAUAGACUUCAUGAUCCCACCAAGCUAUCCAACUUCUACGCCUCCCGCCGUGUGGGACUCCGACUGCAUUUUAAUUUAGAUGCUGUUCUACCUCCUUCUGCAUCCAUUGUUCGCUGGGACGGGCCUGAGAGCUGGCCUGCAGGUUCAAAAUGUAUUGACAGGGACGACUUCAUGACAAGAUUAUCUGAAGCUGGAGUUGCUUGUAGAUCACCGAGGUAUGCGAAAGUCCUCGGGGUUUCGUAGUACAUUGAAUCUCUGUUGAGGCACCGGAGCAAUCGAGUACGCUUCGUGUUUCUGCAUGCAUCAAAAUCAAGUUUGGUGUGAGGCUGACUGGAACGGAACGGUCCGACCU